AUGGCCCAACACCCCGGCCGCGUUGCCGAUUUCAUCGGAAGAGGGCUGCCUCAGGCACCCAUGGGGAAGCCCGCGAUCGCUAUCGGGAAAAUGCAAAUUUACCCCUCCAACCCUCCUCCCUCUGCUUCACCUCCUCCUUCGCGCCCAUUUGGCCAAUUGAGCCCAGAUCAGCGCAUUGGUCCUUCUCGGUAUGUGCCUCUCCUCAUGGCUCGAUCAUUGCGGCUGCACACCGUGUAG